GGAAGGUGAAUAAACUUAAUUGAGAAUGUCUGAAAACCUUGACAAAUCUAACACAAAUGAAGCAGGAAAGUCACAUGAUUCCGAGCAAGGCCUUGAAGAUGCCGUGGAAGGUUCUGAAGAAACUUUACAGAAAAUACUAAAGCCGGGCUCUCCUAGCCCCCAGAGUAUACAAAGACCUCACUCUAGUCCUCCUCGAUUUGUGACGGUAGAAGAACUCCUGGAGACAGCAAAAGGAGUCACGAACAUGGCUCUAGCUCAUGAAAUCGUGGUAAAUGGAGACUUCCGGAUUAAACCCAUUGAAUUACCAGAAGACAGUUUGGAGAAGAGAGUAAAGGAAAUUGUACAUAAAGCUUUUUGGGAUUGUUUAACUGCACAGCUGAGUGAAGACCCCCCAACAUAUGACCAUGCCAUCAAACUGGUAGGAGAGAUCAAAGAGACGCUCUUAUCUUUCUUGCUGCCUGGUCACACUAGACUGAGAAACCAGGUAACAGAAGUCUUAGAUCUGGACCUGAUCAAGCAGGAAGCAGAGAAUGGGGCCCUAGACAUUUCUAAGCUGGCAGAAUUCAUUAUUGGCAUGAUGGGGACACUGUGUGCACCUGCUCGAGAUGAGGAAGUUACGAAACUGAAGAACAUUAAGGAAAUAGUGCCUCUUUUCAGGGCAAUUUUUUCUGUGUUAGACCUCAUGAAAGUGGACAUGGCGAACUUUGCCGUCAGUAGCAUUAGGCCGCAUCUCAUGCAGCAGUCAAUUGAAUAUGAAAGGAAGAAGUUUCAAGAGCUUUUGGAGAAGCAACCAAAUUCUUUAGACUUUGUCACCCAGUGGCUAGAUGAAGCCUCAGAUGACCUUAUGAAUCAGAAGUAUAAAAAUUCCCUGCCAGCUGGGGGAGGGGCUGCUAGCUCUGAGGAAGUUACCAUGCCAAGUCCUGUUGCUGUCCAGAAUUGUGCAUACUUGAAGCUUCUGAAAUGGGACCACCUCGAGAGACCUUUCCCUGAAACAGUUUUGAUGGACCAGGCCCGCUUCCAAGAGCUCCAGCUCCAGCUGGAGCAAAUUACUAUCCUGGGGGCUGUGUUGCUGGUCACAUUCAGCAUGGCAGCCCCAGUAAUUUUCAGCCAGGCCGACUUUGCUGAGAAACUCAAGAUGAUUGUCAAGAUUCUGCUAACAGAUAUGCAUCUGCCCUCCUUCCAUCUGAAGGAUGCCCUGACUGCCAUUGGGGAGAAAGUCUGCGUGGAGGUGAGCAGCUGCCUCACCCUGUGUGGCACCCCCUUCACCACAGACAUGGAGACCGUGCUCAAGGGCCAGAUCCAGGCCGUUGCCAGUCCAGACAACCCCAUUCGCAAGAUCAUGGAUUCCCGAAUCCUGACCUUCUUAGAAACCUGCCUUGCCUUAGGUCAUCAGAAGCCAUUUCCCACAGUACCUGGUGGAUUGGGUCCAGUUCAGAAAGAGCUGGAGGAAGUUGCUAUUAAAUUUGUUCGCCUCGUCAACUAUAACAAGAUGGUCUUCAGUCCCUACUAUGAUGUGAUCCUCAGUAAGAGCCUUGUCAAAUCCUAACCUGUAUGUUCCUUACAGCAGUGUUAUUUAUUUAACUCAGAAUACCUGUUCUCCACUAUAGCGUUGCUUUGGAAAACAGCUAUUUAGUACAUUUCUGUUUAAUGGCACUGAUUCCAAAGAGAAGAGUAGUGUGUAUCACUGUUGUAAAGGUGUGGAAAUAUGCACUGAAUUCUAUUUUGUGGGAUUGUGUUCAUAAGUGCAAGUUUACAAAUCAAAGAAGCUUUUUGUUAUC